AGGUGAGUCACGACUGCUACAACUAUUUCCUAGGACGAGAAUACAACAGAGAAAUGUUAAGUAACUUGCACAUCUUCACAGACUAAUAGACACUGACGGAACAAAAUAAUAACUAGCAACCAGUGUUUUGCAAGUAAGAUAAUAAGUCUGGAAACCAGUUGCUAUUGGCUAUCGGAAUACACAAACCUAAAUCAUUAAAAAAUCUGUUUUUACUUUUUGGAAAUCAACGUAUUGAAUGAAGUUGAAUGUGAAGAUGUCACUGUUUUAAAACCGCAAAGAAUUUCCUCAAGUCCUAACUCUAACCACAAGAAUUAUCUGGUGAACCCUUGAGAGCUACAACCUUUGAGUUGUAGCCACAACACACUGUAACCAUUGACAACCACGCCACAGAUAUGAGUCUUCCAAGACCAACAGGGAUUAAAGCGCCGUCACGUAUAGGGAGGCCAUCGGGGAUUCCAGCUCCCAAGACACCGGCACCAGCCUCCACAGCUCCACCGCCGACUGCUGCCCCAACGUCUGCUCUCAAAGCUCAAAGUGCCAUUGCUAAAUCUGCUAGAGGAGUUGGAUUUUCACCUCUCCAUGCUGAGCAGUAUGCUGAGAAAACUGCUCCUCUUCUCAAAGGUCCUGAACCCUUAUCAGAGGAUGGCAGCAACACCGAUGACUUCAAGAUUGGGGACAGAAUUUGGGUUAGUGGGACCAAACCAGGCAUCAUUGCCUUCAUUGGUGAAACACAGUUUGCUCCUGGUGAUUGGGCUGGUGUUGUUUUGGAUGAGCCCAUUGGUAAAAAUGAUGGCAGUGUGAUGGGUGUGAGGUACUUUAUGUGUGAAGCUAAGAGAGGAGUAUUUUCUAGGCUGAAUAAACUUACACUUACACAACAGACACCAUCACGACCCCCUUCACAGGGCCAUGAUAGUGUUUCUAGUGACUCCAAGAUGUCUUCAACACCCAACAACCCAGAUAUCAAACUGUCACUUCCCACAACUAAUGGCACUGCUGCCACUACAUCUAGGCCGUCUUCACGUCUUGGAAUGAGUGCCAGCAAGAACCUCUCCACAUCUUCCUCAAGUCUCCACAAAGUCUCAUCUGCUGGGACCACACCCACUGGGAGUGGAGGAACAAUGCCCAUGAGGUUACCUGGCACAAUGCCUGGAGGGGUCAAAGUUGGAGAUAGGGUUUUUGUUAGUGGAUCAAAGCCUGGUAUUCUACGUUACAUUGGAGAAACAGACUUUGCUAAAGGUGUUUGGGCUGGUGUAGAAUUAGACGAACCAUUGGGCAAAAAUGACGGGGCUGUUGCAGGCAAAAGGUACUUUGACUGUAAACCACUCCACGGCUUGUUCGCACCAGUUCACAAAAUCUCCCGUGCUGGGUCAGCAACAUCAACACCAUCUCCACACUCUCGCCCCCUUAUGUCCACAAGUCUGCGUAGCUCACGAGAGCGUAGCGGAAGUCAAGAAAGUGUCUCGUCAUUGUCGUCCACCGCAUCCAGUGUAUCGAGAUCGCGGGUAAGGUUGGGCGUCACCUCAUUGGCCAACCAGUAUACACCUAGAGCUAUCUUUCAGAAAGAAGCAUCAAAAACUGGACAAAGACCUAGUACUCUUAAUUUGUCAGCCACAACUGCUGCGCUUCAGAAAGCACUGAAAGAAAAAGAGGAGCAUAUAGAGCAGUUGUUACGAGAGAGAGAUUUAGAAAGGUCAGAGGUGGCUCGAGCUGCUGCCCAUGUUGAUGAGGCUGAAGGCCAGUUGAGUUCAAUAAAGGCAGAACAAGACAGGCUCCGUUUAGAUGCUGAAGAACAGAUUGCCAAAUACAGGACUAUGGUCGCAGAUCUGGAAAAUGAAAAACAAGAGCUCCUAGCAUUUUUGGAAGAGGAAAAACGAAAAGUUGAGGACCUGCAGUUUCAGCUGGAAGAAGAAGCACUGAAAGAUGAAGGGGAGACCAAAUCAGUAGACCCUGCAAUAGAGUUGAAAAAUAAAGAGUUAGAAAGACAGCUUAAAAAAGAAAAAGAUAGGGCAGACAAUUUUGAAAAAGAACUUCAUCAGUUAAAGCAAUCGUUUGAAGAACAGCUGAAGGCGGUACAUGCAGCAGAAGAAGCACAAACCUCUUACCUUGAUCAGAUUGAGGAGCUGACCUAUAAACUGACACAAACCGAGGCAAAGGUCAAGGCUUUUGAGUCCUCUCGUUUAGAAGAUGGUGCCAAGACAAGUCAGGUCAGUAUUGAGUUGGCUGAGAAAUCAAAUAAAGUCAAAGAACUAGAAGAACAACUUGCCCUACAGAGACGAGAAAUGUCAUCUAUGUCUCAACAGCUUAACGAUGUUAGAGAUGAGCUUCACACUAGUAAUGACAAGAGGAAAAAACAAGAAGAAUAUAUUCAAGAACUGAGCAAUAAAUUGAAGCAUGUAGAAGAUGAACACAAGCUUGUCAUGGAUGAGUUACGGAAUGCUAAUUCUAAUUCUGCAGACCUUCAAAGGCAGCUUGUGGCAAGUCAAGCCAAGGCAGAAGAGCUAGCAUCAGACAGGUCAAAACUGGAGAAGCAGUUGUCGGAACUGAUGAAAAAUUCAGGUGACAGUUCAAGUCAGCUGGCGUCAAUGAAUGAUCAGCUGAUGGAAAAGAAUAGAAAAAUCGAGGAUCUACUAAACGACUUGUCGAGCUCUUCUCAAAAUCUAGCUAAAGCAAAAGAAAACUAUGAGGUUUUACAGCAGGAGAAAGAUAGGGAAAUUCAGGAGGCUAAACAAAAUUUUGAGGGCAUCAUUGCCAAACUGCAGGACCAAGUUAAGGAAUUAAAUGAAACAGUAGAAAAAUCUAAAGCCAAAACAAACCAGUUAGUAGAAAACUUAGCUAGUGAGAAAAAGGAGGCAUUAGAGCGUAAGGAAGCUGAGAUUAAAAACUUGCAACAAGAAGUUUUAAAUAUAAGAGAUGAACUUAGUAAACAAGAGGACAAAACAACAGCACACAAACAGUUACUAGACAGGGUGACUGCAGAGAAGGAGGCUAUGCAGUAUGAGAAACAACAGGCAGAAAAACAUUUGAAGAGGGUAGAGGGAGAGAAGGCAGCACUGAGUACAGAGCUGAUCCAGGCAAGAGUUGAGGCUACCAACCUACAGGAGCUGGUCAACAAAUCCAAGGGAGCUAGUGUGGGACUGGAGGACAAAGUGGAGAAGUUGACACUGGAAGUUGAGGUCAUGACUAAAGCUAAACAAGAGGCUGAGAAGUCUCGUGAUGAAGCCAAGCAACAGAAACAGGAAGUGGCUCAAGAAAGAGACCUACUGCAGCAGGAGCUGGUCCAGCUGAGGGGAGAUGUCCAGAAGAGAGACAUUCAGCUGGAGGAGACAAAGAAAGAGUUGGACAAAAUCAAAUUGGAGUCCACAAAGAAAGCUGAGGAGCUGAUGGUGAAGUCACAGACUGAAACAGAACUAUUGACACAUGAAUUGGGAUCUCUAAGAAUAUCAUUGCAAGAAGCCAAGGAUUUGGCAGAAUCUAAAGAAUUCCAGCUAGCUGAAUUGCAGGCAGAGCUGGAUCAGUUGAAAACUGUUGUACAGGAGAGAGAUCUGCUGAGGAAAGAAAAAAGUGAAUUACUGAAAGAAAAGGAAGCUGUAGAAGAAAAGUGCAGGCAAUUUAUCAAGGAAGUUGACAAACAUUCAACAAAGGUCAGUGAGUUGGGCUCUGAGAUGAAAACAUUACAAGCAUCUGAAGGCUUGCUGAAGAAAGAAAAGACAACCCUGGAGAAAACAAUCAAACAAUUACAGAGUGACUUACAGCAAACUCAGCACAGUUUAGCAGAGGCCCAGAGUAAAGCAGCAUCUAAUGCAAGCAUGAUUUCAGGUGAUGAGGUUUAUCAACAUUUAAAAGAUGAGGCGGACUCGGCUAAAGGACAGGUAGAUUUCUUAAACUCCGUCAUUGUGGAGCUGCAGAACAAAAACCAGGAGCUGCAGCACAGGCUUUCUGUCAUGGAGGAUUCUGGGAUACACACUAAUGGGGAAUUUACUGAGCCAUUAGAAACUCCAUCAAGAAGUCGCGCCCCACCCAGAUUGUUCUGUGAUAUCUGUGACGUGUUUGAUCUUCACGAAACAGAGGACUGUCCCAAACAAGCAAUGUCCCAUAGCCCUGAGCCCACUCGUCACCAUGGAGAUCCUAAAUCACCUCGGCCUUACUGUGAAAUAUGUGAAGCGUUUGGGCAUUGGACUGACCAGUGUGAUGAUGAACAAAUGUUCUAACAUCUCAAGUUGUUCUCAACCCACCUUAACCACCCCUUGUGUGUCUAACCACUGCACUGUUGUUGUUGUUGGUUUGAUCUUACAUUGCACAAAGUCUCCUGUAGGGACUGUCACAACCACUAGUACACCACAUGAAUAGCUGACCUACAACUAGGGCUCAUCUCUGUAGUCUGUUCUUAAGUAGAUGACAAGGCCCCUAAAGUGGGAAAACAUAAUAAUAGUAGUAUGUUUUAGAUAAACGGAAUUGGAUGUAAAGGUGGCCAUAUUACUUUGGACUGUCAGUUGACCAGAUAUUUGAAAUGUCAGUUGACAGAUAUUUGAAAUGUCAGUUGACAGAUGUUUGAAAUUUCAAAUUUUUUACUGAAACUAUACUGUUAAAAGAGGAAAUACUGCUGUUUGGUUUUCCCAAGUUGAUCAAGAAAUACUCAACAUAUCUAAAAGAAUAAAGUAAUCUGUUGUUUUUAUAAUGUUUUAUAUCUAAACAGAUUAACUGUAGUGAAACAAACAAUUUGUUCUUGUCUGCAUAUUUUGGGCAUCAGCUCUAAUAGUGGUUAGAUGAAAUGAUUUUCUAAAGACUAGCAAACUGGCUGAGACUUUUUUCUAUUGUUGAAUUUGUUAUGUCUUAAACAUUUUCCCGUCUGAUACAUUUCCAUAGAUUCUAAUUGGAGUUGCAGUUCUAAUUAGAAUGAAAGCAUAAAGGAUGAUAAAAUUAUUCCAAGAAUGAGUUUGCCUCCUGUAAAACAUCCUUUAGUCGAGCCUGUACAUUUCUUGUUGUAUGUUAUGUAAGUAACAAGCAAAUAUUGUACAUGAUGAGCUAUUUAUUGGACUGAGGGCUGUGUUACUAUAAUAUACAGGGUAUUGUUUCUCUCUAGGCAGAUUGACUGUGGGUAUGCAUGUGCAUAGCUUUAAACAGCAAGUUUUCAAAAUAUUUAAACAAGACAUGUUUUUUAUCUAAAAUAUGACCUUGUAUGAAGUGAUGAUUUUUGUUUGCUGGUUAUAAAUUGAGAUUCAUUGCUACAUGUGUGUCUGUCUGUGUGUUUGUAUGAGUAGAACAAGCAUCUGGUUUAUAAAUAUCUGCCUAGAGAUAAAUGAAAGAAACUGUACUGUAACCCUUCUGUUUCUCCUGCCUACCUUGAAAGUGUUAUCUUGUAUCAGCAAGUAUUCCAUUCAAGGGAUUAACAUAAUAUGUUUAAUCACACAUGUUAUUGUAAUUACUUUGUACAUACAUGUCUUGAAGCUUCAUUAUGUUUAAACUAAAUAUGCAUGGAUACAAAAUAUUACAAGCAUUCAGUGUUUGUAUUAUGACUAGUAGAUUUUUUUUUCUAUUCUACUAAUGAUGAAGAAAAGAUUUUAGCUGACUAGUAACCUAGGUGUGAAGUGUGUUAAUAAUUAAUUAACAACCUUUUGACUACACCAUUGGCUGUAGCCAUGGUUGAUUAGUAAAACCAGGAAGUUAUUUGUAGUAGCGAUGAAGUUAUUGAUGACCAUCACUGAUAGCUGCUAAGUAAUGGAACUGUUGAAUGUUGACCAGAGCAGACUGCCCUAUAUGUGGAGUGCUGGAUCUUCGCUGUAUAUAGAUUUGUAUAUGUCACGUUAAUUAUGAGCAGAUCUAAAUGUGAGCCAAUCAUGUCAAAACUUUAUAUCACUUUUUAUUGUUGGUUGUGAAAAGUAAAUGGAGAAUGUCUGAAUCCAUUUUAUUGAUGAAUGUUUGAAUGUCAUUUUAACAACCUUGAUGCAAGUGGUUGUCUAUAAUUUGACAUGAUUUAGAUCAUACAUAACUCUCAACAGGCUGUGUCAUUGAUCUUUUUUGUCAGCAGCAUUGUGUCAUUGCUCUAUACUUGUCUGCAGCAUUUUGUCAUUGUUCUAUACUUGUCAGCAACAUUGGGUCAUUGUUCUAUACUUGUCAAGUACAUUGUUCUAUACUUAUUCUAUACUUGUCACCAGCAUUGUGUCAUUGUUCAAUACUUGUCAGCAACACUGUUCCUUACAUGUCAGCAACAUUGUUCCAUACUUGUCCGCAACAUUUUUUGUCAUUGUUCUAUACUUGUCACCAGCAUUGUGUCAAUGUUCUUUACUGGUCAGCAACAUUGUUACAUACUUGUCCGCAACAUUUUUUGUCAUUGUUCUAUACUUGUCCGCAGCAUUGUGUCAUUGAUGUUUUACCAUCCCCCUGAGUGGUGACCCACCAGCCAUUCCUUACAGCAAAGACUUCCUUGGCCAUCUCAUGCUUUGUCUGUUUGCCUUACACCAGUCCUCCUUUGUUUGCUCAUUCAUUGUGCCAUAGUUGGUUGACAGCUUGCCAGUGCUUUUUAUGUUUUACAAGUCUUUCUUGGGUUUUAUCACUGCUCAACUGUCUCAUUGGUCUGUUUGCUCUUGCUUUCCCUGUAAUACUGUAUAGAACAGCAUGGCACAUUCAAUUCUGUUCUAUAAUUAGGCUAUUUGUGGUUGGAUAUUACUGUUUGAGUUUUGAAGCGAUGUUAAAUAGUGGGAACCCCUCCCUCAUUUAUAGGCUGAUCUGCUAUGCACCUUCGGUCAUUCUAAAUUAUUAUGUUAAAGACAAGUAUCUGCAAGGCUUAGCUGAUCUUCUGUCAACUUUCCAAAAAAGUAUUCAAUUUCUAAAAGAAAAUCUUCUAAUUGAAAUGUGGUACUGAAAAAUAAAAUUAAUUAAAAUGAUUGCUUUAAUAAAAAAUAAUAGUAUGUGUAUAAAUAAGUAAUUAGAAAAAAGAUAAAAUUAAAAUAUCAAAGUCCUACAAUCUCUUUCACAUUAGUUAGGAAAUUCAAGAGGAGCAAAACGACUCAAUCUGUAUUUGUUCACAAACGAGAAAAUAAAGAUUAAAAUUAUGGGAUAGAACUGGUGAUGGCAGUGAUCAUCUCCCCUACCUCAGGUACACUAGUGGAAUAGACUGGCUUUGUAAUUAAUGCUGUACUAUAUUUAUUUAGAUAAGAAAGCUCCACAUAAACAUUUUAAAUAUUUCAAAUGCAUGAACAGAGAAUAUGUGAUGGCAUCAUUGAAUUUAAAUUAUUGUUUCCCUUAUGCCAGGAAAAUGUGAAUAAUUUAGACCAAACCAAUAUUUUAGAACCGCAACAAAUAAUUUUAAAAUUAAUUUUUAAUGGUUUAUGACUUACCUCUUGAUGCUUCAUCUUAUUUAUUAUAUUAUCAAAUCCUACUCAACUUAUUAAAAAAUUUAGAUCACACUUAUAAACCUUAAGAAGUACUUGUAAAUUAUACUUCUUUCUAUUAAAAUUAUAUUACAUGCAUGUAUAAUAAUUUUAUUCAUAGUAAUCUCCCUUUGACAAGAGAACCUGUUGAACAGUGUCAUAUAUGUAGAUGUAAAUAGUUCAUCUAACUUUGUGUUUAUGGACACAAAUAGAUUUUUAUUGAACUCUUGUAAACUUACUUUGGACUUAACACUGGUGAUAGGGGUGUUGUUUAGACCGUAAUUGAUUGUGACAUAUUUAUAUUCUCAAUUAAUAUUAUGUCUACAUUGACCAGUACAAUUUUUUGUUUUAAUGUUAGGAAAAAAAAUGUUUAAGUAAUGUUUUUAAUUUGUAGAAAAUUUAAUUACCUGCUGUUUUUUUUCUCUGAGCUUUUAUCAAGACUGAUUAAAAUUUAGACAGUAGCAUUAAGGAGAUAUUUUCAGGAAACUCUCUGUCAUGCUUUAUGGCUUGUUUUAGGUGCCUUUUUUUUUUCCAAACAUUUUUUUGCUUUAGUUGAUGAGUUACUGCCCUUGUUAGCAUAAAAUGAUUUCUGUGGCAGACACAUUAAUUUAAGCUGCUUGGCUGAGUGAUCUUGUUAGUUUUGUACAGAUGUGAAAUCAUGGAGAUUUGUAAGAAAAUAUAAAAUACAAACACUGAACUUUGUUUUGUUUUUCCUCUCUGUUGAUGCUGUUAUAUGUUUGUCCACUUAUGUAAGAAAUAUUUGUCAAUGUCUGUAGCAUAUUUGUCUACUUAAGCACAAAGUGGAAUAUUUUCAAUGUCAUCCAGUUACUGUACACUG